AGGUUAUAGUCGUAUAUAUUAUUUUAUUACACUUGGACUUGACAUUCAUAUCAGCUAUUUAUCUUCUUCUGUAGGGGAUCUCUAAGGUCGAGAAGAAAUUUCACUAAUCUUUCCACAUUUUGACAUUUAGUGUCUAGUCUUUAGUAGCAUAGCUUUGUAUACUCUUUUCUCUGAUUUUGCUUAAUGCAAAAACACCCUCCAUUGCAAAAGCUUACUGGUAUAUAGAGUGACUGACGUCCAACGAAGUCCCUUUAAAGGGAAGGUUCACUGGUCAAGACCCCAAAGAACCUCUUGUUUGCUCAAGAGCUCAUGGCCUCAAGUGCAUUGAGAAAAGUGGAGAUUUUGGAGUCUAAUUGGUGAAUCCUGUGAACCCCAUUUCGUUUUCUUUGGAGUUGCGGGUUGGGUUUCUGGUUCAUCUCUUGAAAAACCCAUCUGGAGAUGGGGCUUGAAGGAGGUGGUGACAGUAAAAUGUUGGGACUGAUAGUGACUCCUAGACACAAGCGUUCAAAGAGCUUCCCUGAUAAGAAAAGAUUUGAGGAAGAUGGAGUAGAUAGUUCAUUUGGAGCAUCACACCACAUAAAGCUGGAUAUGAAGCAAUUGGAGGACUCUGUCAAAGCCAAGAAGAAACAAUCCCCUAGGACUGAAGUUGAAAUUUCUUUGAAGGAAGAGAUUUUACAGCUUGAGAAAAGAUUACAAGCUCAGUUUCAGGUCCGUCUUGCUCUGGAAAAAGCACUUGGCUAUAGGACUUCCUCCCAUGAUAUAGCACCAGGAGUGUCAAUUCCCAAGCCAGCCACAGAAUUAAUAAAGGAAAUUGCAGUGUUAGAGUUGGAAGUUGUAUAUUUGGAACAACAUCUUCUUUCCUUAUACCGGAAAGCUUUUGAUCAACAAAUAUCCUCAGUUUCUCCAUCUAGCAAGCAUGAAAGAUCAAAAUCACCAGUGAAAACACCAAGAGGGAAGUUUUUGGAUGUUUCAAGACCUGAUACAAUGUCAAAGAGGGAAACUUCAGCUGUUCAACCUGGUUGUCUGUCACAUGACAACCUGUGGAAGGAAUACAAAGGUAUUGGAGGAGAAGAAAAGCUAUUAGAUUCUGGUGUUCAUCGCUGUCACUCGUUACUAUCGCAACACUCGGCAUUUCCAUCUAGAACCUCUCCUCCAAACGAGUCUUUAGGAAGAGCUGUACGCGCUUGCCAUUCCCAGCCAUUGUCCAUGAUAGAGUAUGCUCAAAAUGCAACAAAUAUAAUCAGUCUGGCUGAGCAUCUUGGAACACACAUUUCUGAUCAUGUUCCAGAGCCACCUAACAAGAUUUCCGAGGAUAUGAUCAAGUGCAUGUCAGCUAUAUAUUGCAAACUUUCAGACCCACCUUUGAUGAACAAUGGCCUUUCAUCUCCCAAUUCAUCUUUGUCAUCAGCGAGUGCAUUUUCCCCACGAGAUCAAUGUGAUAUGUGGAGUCCAGGGUUCAGGAAUAAUUCAUCAUUCGAUGUACGGCUGGAUAACCCUUUCCUUGUUGAAGGACUUAAAGAAUUUAGUGGACCAUACAGUACAAUGGUUGAAGUCCAAUGGAUUUACAGAGAUGGUCAGAAGUUGGGAGAUGUUGAACACUUGCUGCAAAACUUCAAAUCACUCAUCUGUAGAUUGGAAGAGGUUGAUCCUAGGAAGCUAAAACAUCAGGAGAAGCUGAGUUUCUGGAUCAACAUACACAAUGCAUUAGUGAUGCACGCAUACCUGGCUUACGGAAUUCCACAAAACAAUGUGAAGAGACAUUUUCUGCUCUUGAAGGCUGCCUAUAAUGUUGGAGGUUAUACAAUCAGUGCGGACACAAUACAGAACUAUAUCCUUGGAUGCCGGAUGUCUCGUCCUCGACAGUGGCUUCGAGUGUUACUUUCAUCUAGAUCAAAAUUUAAGACAGGAGAUCGAAGACAAGCAUAUGCAUUAGAAAAUCCAGAACCCCUUUUGCACUUUGCACUCUGUUCAGGAAGCCAUUCUGAUCCUGCGGUGCGUGUCUAUACGCCAAAGAGAGUAUUUCAAGAGCUUGAAGCUGCAAAAGAAGAGUAUAUCAGAGCUACCUUUGGUGUACGCAAGGACCAAAAAAUCCUACUUCCAAAGAUUGUGGAAUCCUUUGCAAAGGAUUCAGGUUUAUGUCAGGCUGGUGUUAUUGAAAUGAUCCAACAGACAUUGCCUGAAUCUCUAAGGAAGUGUAUUAAGAAAAAUCAGCUCGGAAAACCUCGUAAGAGCAUUGAAUGGAUUCCUCACAGUUUUAGUUUUCGGUAUCUGAUAUCUAAAGAGCUGGUGAGAUAAUGGAUUACUUGUGCGCAUCCAAAGUUCUUAAUACCAAUUGAGUUCAUUCACAUUGUUCUCAGCUUCUAUUCUUUUCCUUGUACAAAAAGUAGAAGACGAAUUAAAAAAAAAAAAAAAAAAGAGUUAGGAUUGAGCAAUGUGCUUUUUGAUAUUGUAUAAUGUGGUGCCCACUCUUCUUCUAUGCAGUGAAAUGCUGGAAAAGAAUGAAUAAAUUGUAUGUAUUGAGCAUUGUACAUAUAUAA